AUGUAUGAGGCACACGCCAGCGCAUCCAUGGAGGGACACCGAUGGAGCGUGUCUGAUAUGGACCGCGCUUCAAAUGUCACCAUUCUAAAAGACAGGGGUGCUGAACGUGGCUUAUCUAUUACAUACCCUGCAGACGUUACUGCUCGUGGGGAAGGGAAUAAGAUUAGAGAUGAUGAGAACAGCACUCUCCCAUCCAACAUUAGUGAUAAUGAGACAUUGCCUGUAUCUUUCUGGGGUUGGACCUGGUCUCAAUCCGGAUAUCUGACUGGUUCCGAGACCGACGGUUUCUUACAUCCGUCUAUUCCUGCAUCGCAGGCGGCAGGGUGGCCCUUUAGAGGCAAGGCUGAACAGCCUCAGUAUCCAAGCAGAAGUGGCAUCAUGCCCUUUUUAAGACACUACUCACAAGAGCUGUACCCUCCAGGUCCCUCUUUUGAUGCACCGGACUCCAUUCCCUCGUCCAAUGCACUCGGGCUCUCUUCUAUACUAGAAACUGCGCCACCGAGCUUCCCAAGAUUUCCUCGCUUGCAGCAUGUUGAGGACGGCAGCUUGGCGCUCCCGGCUGAGUCUCUAAUGCUAUUGCCUCCCUGGGAUCCAUUGGCGCCUGUUUCCGCAGCACUGCCUAUGACGGACUUCCACCGCCACAGCUUGCAUCAACAACCAUCUGCACCUGCCCCUAUUAUGAUGGAUUACAAUGGGACUGAAGUCAGCCCGUUCGAUAACAUCAGUGCCAACAGACAGGAGCCAUCGUGUAAUGUCACGGUGCCGGAAGACCAGGUCGAGCAUCAUCACUCGACCUAG